GUGGGAGCAACGCCGAGGAGGGGAAAGACGGCAGUCGCGGGAACCGCUAGGCAGGAGGAGACGCCGCUCCCCGCCCCGCUGCGCUGCCAGCUGUUGGGAAAAAUGGUGCACAGAAUCGGCCUUUUUCUUCUGCUGGGCCUGUCUCUCGCGUCCUUGGGAGCCUGUGAUGGACCCCCGGCGCUUUCUGUUCCUGAGGAGGUUUCACUGGAGAAUGGUGGCGUGAUGGACAUUGCGGUGACUUUAAGCACCCCACUCAAUCAGACGCUGGUGAUCACAUUUAAUGUUACAUAUUCAUCCAGGGGAAAUGGCACCAUCGUUGAACUGCCUGAUCAAGUAAUCGUAACGGCAGGCGUAAAGAAGGUGAGCUUCCUAGUGAGAGCAAAAGAAGUCGGGCAGCUGACUGUGUAUCUUCAGUCCAACUCGUCCAACCAAACAGGGCCCAGGAUCCGCUUCCUCGUGAUCCACAGCAAUGCAGUGAGGAUCGUGGACCAGGUGAUUGGCUGGAUCUAUUUCCUGGCUUGGUCAGUCUCCUUUUACCCUCAGGUGUUCGAGAACUGGAGACGGAAAAGCGUUGUGGGACUGAGUUUUGACUUCAUCGCCCUGAACCUUACCGGCUUCAUUGCCUACUCGGUCUUCAACGUUGGCCUCUUCUGGGUCAAAUCUGUGAAGGAGCAGUUCCUGCACUCCUAUCCCAAUGGCGUGAACCCGGUGGACAGCAACGACGUCUUCUUCAGCCUCCACGCUGUCGCUGUGACUCUCCUCAUCAUCUUCCAGUGCCUGAUCUACGAGAAAGGGACCCAGAAGGUCUCCUGGGUGGCCGUUGGCUUGCUUGUCUUUGCCUGGCUCUUCGUCUUUGCCACCUUGUCCGUGGCCGCUGCAGGGAAGAUCACGUGGCUGGCCUUCCUCUUCUACUUCUCCUACAUCAAGCUGGGCGUCACCCUUGUCAAAUACUUCCCACAGGCUUACCUGAAUUUCCGCCGCAAGAGCACUGAGGGCUGGAGCAUCGGAAACGUUUUGCUGGACUUCACGGGAGGCACCUUCAGCCUCCUUCAGAUGUUCUUGCAGUCUUACAACAAUGAUGAGUGGCGGCUGCUUUUUGGGGACCCCACCAAGUUUGGUCUGGGCCUCUUCUCCAUCAUCUUUGACAUUGUGUUCAUCGUCCAGCAUUACUGCUUGUACCGUCCCCAAGAAUACGAGACUUUUGAGUAACCGUCUGCCCUGGUGGGACACCCCCUCUGCGCUUGCCUUCGCCAGCUGCGCUUCCUUGAGGUGGAUAACACUACAGGAAGCAGACUUGGUUGUCUGAA